CCAUGCUAACAUUAGCAUAAUGACAUUUUUGACCUUAACAUACACAGACACUCAGCGCAAUCAUGCUAGAUGUUGACAUAUUAGCAUUGUUAGCAUGUUAAAUUUAGCUUAGUAGGAUUUUUUUCCAGUACAUUUCUUGUUUUUCCAUAAGACGUAGACUAUGUCUUACGUAUGUUGCCAUUGUGUGUCCUGGGUGUCCAAAGUCUGGAUGGUUUGUUUUGUCACUACAACUCUCACUGACCUAUUAGCAUGUUAGCUUCCUUUGUCGUGACAGAACAAUGGUAAUAAAGGGUAAAGGAGAGUGUUGGGGACAGAAAUAUGAUGGAAAUUAUGUCUGUGUAUAUAUUUUUUGGAAAGGGAACAUUUUUAACAAUACCCUAUGAAGAAUUUCUCUGUUGUAUUUUUUGGAAGAACCCUCCCGACCCCCUCCCCUUCAGUUGCGAUGGCAGCAUGUUUGAGGCUCCUUCUGCUGCUGCCGCUGGCCUGCAGCCUCCCCUCGCCCUCUCGGCCUCCCACGCGAUUCUGCCGCCGCUGCUGCGAUCACAUGGAGCCUCAGGCCGGCCCCGCCCACUACCACAUGCCCGAGGUCCGCACCAUCGUCAACAUGACCAUCCUUAAAGGUGAUAAAGGCGACAGAGGGGAUAAAGGCACAUCUGGUAAGCCAGGUCUCGAAGGACCCCCCGGCCAACGAGGACCCGCAGGCCUGAAGGGCAGCAAAGGCCAAGCGGGCGCUCCCGGCGACCCCUGCAAGACCCCCCAAUCGUAUUUCUCGGUGGGACGCCGCAAGUCCCUGCACAGCGUGGACUACUACCAGGCGCUGGUGUUCGACACGGUGUUCGUCAACCUGUAUGAGCACUUCAACAUGUUCAAGGGCAAGUUCUACUGCUACGUGCCCGGCGUCUACUUCUUCAACGUCAACAUCCACACGUGGAACUUCAAGGAGACCUACCUGCACCUCAUGCACAACGACAAGGAGCAGGUGAUCCUGUACGCCCAGCCCAGCGAGCGCUCCAUCAUGCAGAGCCAGAGCGUCAUGCUGGACUUGGCACUCAAUGACGAGGUGUGGGUGCGCCUCUACAAGCGUGAGAGGGAGAACGCAGUCUACAGCGACGACGUGGACGUUUACAUCACCUUCAACGGGUACCUGGUGGCGCCUGGCCUCCAGUGAUAACGGGACUGGACUGGACUUGGACAUUCUUACCAGGACUAGUUCUCCCAACAUACAAACCUCUAACGCACCAUUUGAUCCAGCUGGGGUGUCUAACCUCUUCCACAGACGGUCAGUGUUUACGCCAACAAGGAAACAAAGUAAACAUUUUUUAAGGAUAUGGAUAUAAUAAAGCAUUCCUUGUUCAACAAAUGUUCUCGAAGAAAACACUUAUGAAAAUAGACUGAAAAUUGCUGGAGCCUAUCCUAGCUGUCUUCAGGCGAGAAGCGGGGUACAGCCAGCCAAUCACAGGGCACAUAUAGACAAACAACCAUUCACACUCACAUUCAUACCUAUGGACAAUUUGGAGUCGCCAAUUAACUUAGCAUGUUUUUGGAAUGUGGGAGGAAACCGGAGUACCCGGAAAAAACCCACGCAUGCACGGGGAGAACAUGCAAACUCCACACAGAGAUGGAAUUGAACUCGGGUCUCCUUGCUGCGAAGCCUCCGUACUAACUUUUAAAACAUUCAUUCAUUCAUUUAUUCAUUUUCUACCGCUUAUCCUCACGUGGGUUGCGGGGGAUGCUUGAGCCUAUCCCAGCUGUCUUCAGGCGAGAGGCGGGGUACACCCUGGACUGGUGGCCAGCCAAUCACAGGGCACAUAUAGACAAACAACCAUUCACACUCACAUUCAUACCUAUGGACAAUUUAGAAUUGAGCUCCAAUCUCCAAGCUAGACAGAAUUAGCAUCCUAAUUAAACAACACAUAUAACUAUAGUUGCACAUUACUUACAGACACAACUCAAUAUCAAAAUCAUAUAAAAAAAACGUGAAAAUGGUAUUUUAAAGGAUGAAAAGAAAAUAUGUAAAACAACAAAAUAAUUAAAACUGUCUUCAUAAUUCACACAUGGCGCCGUUUACGAUCAUCCUUUCAGUAGACCAAAAUUUCAAAUAUGACCAUCUAAAAAAUCAAUAUUUUGAUUUCCGGAUCGAUAUUUUAGUAUCCACCCACAUGUCACGUGUAGGGCUGGUUUAAACGAUUACUUUUAUCAUUGAUUAAUCUAAAAAAUUGUUUUUAAUUUUUCGAUUAAUCUAACGAUUCAUUUUAAAAUCCGAUUUGAUUCGAUUACCUCCCCAUAAUUAGACCUAUAAAGCAAUUAAUGUUAAUUUAUCUCCAUACAUAAAACAUUUUUUUCUUUCCAAUGUAUUUUUAUGAACAAGUUAAAUAAUUAAUUGUAUUGAACAAUACAACAAUAAAGUUCACAAUUGAUGCCUGGCGGAGGAGAGAACGAAGGGGGCAGAAGGUUAGAUGAUUUUAUUUUUAUUAAUUUUUUUUUUAUUUUUAUGAAAACAUGUAACCCCACAGCAUGCCACUAGUAUUAAAGCAGAAUAAUUGUCACAUGUCUUGCUAAGAUGAAAAUUUUUAAAUUAAGAGGUCCUGCCCAACGAAUACUUUUUCCCACAUCGUUCAUUAUUCAGAACGAGACAGCACCCCCUGUGGUGACUUUGCGUAUUAUAUCCACUUUAAACCGCAGCCGUGCUGUUGUACUCCCAUUUGGCCGAUAGAUGGUGCCAAUAACCACUGCUAUGGGUUGUCUUGGUUACGAAUUGCUCUUCAAAUCUGAGCAGUUCUUGCAUUUCUCAAUGAAACAAUACA